UAAGAACGGUUAUAGUCCCAUACACAACCUGCAUUUAUUGCUCUUCCUUCCCCUCUCACUACAAAUACUCUGCAAAACCUAACACUUAACCCACUCACAUAUACAAGACUUUCAGUUAUUUCCAUUACAUAUUCUCAUCGUCUGUGUGUGACUUUAAGUCUUCAAAUCCUUCAGAUCAUAAUCUCCAAUUUCUUUUGUCUCUCUCAUAAUAUGUCUUCCAUUGUUCUUCUCUUUUUUCUUUGUCUUUCUAUCCAUGCAUGCAAUUCCCGACUUCUAGGCCUUGUUGAUAAGCAAAGUGGCAGUAAAUCCUACCAUUCUGUUGAGGAUGUAGCGAAAGUCUUAAGUGAGACUUUAAAGUCAUCGAUGAUGCCUACCAUCUCAGUUGAAUACCAAGCACAACAAAUAAACGCUGAAACAUUCACCCAUGAAAGUAUCCCGACGGCUCUUUUGAGGAAACAAGGGCAUGCCAAUGGACCAGCCUCAGGAUAUGAUAUUAUUGCAUUAUCUUCCCAGGUUGAGCUGAAGAAAUUGAUUGAAAUGCAGAGGCAGGCACGGACAUUACUGGGAUCUGCAACACAUAACAUGGAGGAAGACAAAGAUUCGAAGGAAGAUGAAGCUAUUGAGGUCGUAGGUGUUAUGGAUUAUGCACAACCUCACAGGAAGCCACCCAUUCACAAUAGAAAGUCCUAGACAUAUCCGGAUUUUCUGCUUCUGGUGGAAUUUACUUCAUUUCUAGCUAGCUAGCACUUAAAGAAAAAUUAUAUAGUGAUUUGUCCUUGGUUGGUGGGAAAGGUGUUUGUAAUUUACCUGGUCUAUAGAAGAAAAAUAAAUAUAAAUAAAAACUCUCUUGCAAAACCUUGGAAAAGAAGAAGAAGAAGAAGAAAAAAGAAAGAUUCUGUCCUCGUGAUUGAUACAGAACACGUGUUUUCCUUUGCUGCAACAGUGACAAGUCCAGUAGUGACAAAAUGGUGAUUUGAUGGAUGAUGGCUCCUCUUUUUUAUUGUUUCUAUGUGUGUUUUUAGGUUGACGGAAUAAUAAAGGAUUGUAAUCUAAGUGAAACAUAUUACAUGGAUGUGUCGCAUGGAAACCUUCUUGCUUGUGUUGUCA